CCAAAAGUGACGGCGCCCUCUAGCUCUACGCAUUAUACGAGAAAAAGCGGUUAUUUUAAAAUAUUGGCAUUCACCAAAAAAUAGAAUUCAAGAAGAAUCUAGCUCAUUACUAUCUGUGGCCAUCAACUUGGACACCAGGACGACAUGGAGACGUUUGGUGAAUAUGACCCUGCAACGCCUCUCAGUCAGAGAUACUGCAGCAGGAUAAGCUCACAGGAGUAUGAACUCCAGGGAUCAACAGAAACAUAUGCUGCCUUACAGAAUUUGCUGGAGUACAUGGAUAGCAAUUCAGAUGUUUUCACAAGAAUUUUGGCUAAGAAAAAGCAGGAAGAAUUAGAGAGUGCGGGAAUAUUUUCUUUCUUGAAGUGCAAAUUAUUAGAAAAGGUGAAAGGACCAAAUUUCAUGAUGGCAGACAUCACAGAAAAUGAAAGCAGUGAGAAACGAGAACAAAUGCAGAAAGAGAUGUGCGAGGUUUUUAACUAUGUACAAGAAACAAAGUCCAGCCCAGUCACAAAGCGUUUUUCAAAGCGCCUUGCUGCUAAGAGAAGCAACCGCAACCCCUCAGGGAAGACAGCACCUAAGAGGCCCAAGGGACCUGCCCCUCCACCACCUCCGUACCCCCCUCCAGGAUCUAACAGACCCAAGGAAGGUCCUGAGGGGCAGAGUUCAACCCCCAGUGGUUCCGUUCUUGGUAUCGUGCCGUCACCUAGGAAGCCACUCCGUCACGAUUCACCGUUGGAUGGAAACAAACCCAAGAAGCCUGUGAGGGUUGCAGCGGAUGUUGCACCGGUAUGUCCGCCUGCAGCCCCACCUCCUCCCCCACCCCCUCUACCAGGAACCACCCCUAAGAGUGCGAUGAAGAAACCCCUUCAAGAGAGGACAAACACUGUCUAUAUCACCACCCCGACUGGUCGGACGCAGAGUCCAGCCAAGAAAGCCCUUCUGAAAUCUGAACCAAGAUUGAAGCAGCUCCAGAAGACUGGGUCGACGACCUCACUGAAUUCAAUAUCUAGUAUUCAUGAUGAGCUGGUUGGAUUUGAUAAGGGAAAACUCAAAUCUGUCAAGGCCAGGUCACCAGGACGUAUCCCAAAGAACAAGGCCCCUGCCAAGCCAUCCAGGACGGGCAAGAUGGGAGACAUCACUAUUGACUCCUUCAACCAGAAGAUCCUCGAGAAAUUCAAGAACGCCCACAGUCCAAGCCGUUAUGGAAGUCCCAACAGUCUGUCUAGCAGCGGGUUUGGGAGUCCAUCCGAUUUCACUCCAUGAUGGGCAGCAGCUCACUGGAGGUGUUUCACAAAGCGAUGUUCAUCAGUGC